AUGCCCGCCCCCUCCCGCACACUGCUCGCCACCUGCCUUGCAAGGGGCCAGAGAUCUGACCGCAACACUGGGCUUUUCCUGCCUCCUGCAGCAUCCGUGUUACAUAUUGCGGUGGGGAUGGUUUUGCUGAGGAGGCGUGUGGUGGGAUGGACUCUGCCGGGGCUCACGAGUCCAGACUCGCCAUCCGCAGCUUGUGUGUUCCGGUUCAAUGCCCUCUCGCUCGUGUAUCUGCUCUACCUGCUUCUGCUGCCGUGGUUCCUGGCACCCACUGAACACACCAUCAAAGGGCACACAGGCCGUCUCCUCCAAGCUCUCCUGGGAACCAGCAUCCUCUUCCUCACUGCCCACUUGGUCUUCCAGAUAUGCCUGUACACUGUGCCGGAUCUGGGCCAGCUGCUGGGACAGAACUGCAGCACGUGGGAAACGCUCGCCCGUCACAUUGGGGUCACCAGGCUGGACCUAAACGACAUCCCCAACUCUGUGCGCCUGGUGGCUCCCGACCUGGGGAUCCUGCUGGUCUCUGCCAUCUGCCUGGGCCUGGGCCGCCGUCUCGUGCCCAAGGGCAGCGCAGCGGCGCGUGUCCGGAGGCUGGAGUCGCUCGAGCCCCUCGAACAGGAGGAGGACCUGGAGAGGCCGGCUGGGCAAGGCGCUGCAGAGGAGGUGGGCUCUGCGAAGCGAAAGGGGCUGCUGGCUGCUACGCUGCGGGUGAGAGCGCACUGGCUCCUGCUGGCGGUUGGGAAGUGUCUGGUCAUCCUGCUGCUGGCUCUGGCAGGGAUCGCUCUGCCAUCCGCCUUCUCCAGCAUCUAUUACCUGCUCUUCGUGGGCAUCUGCACCUGGUGGGCCUGCCACUUCCCCAUCAGCCACCUGGGCUUCAACACGCUGUGCAUCAUGGUGGGCGUCUUCGCCGCCGGCCACCUGCUCUGCAUCUACAGCUACCAGGCGCCGUUCAUCCAGGGGCUGUUCCCCCCCGCCAGCAUCUGGGCACGCGUAUUUGGCUUGAAGGCCUUCAUCCUGCCACUGAACUGCACUAACCCCAACGCCCUCCUCCUCAACACCAGCCACCCCUGGCCGGUCUACGUGAACCCCGGCGUCCUGCUGCUGCUGUAUUUCACCGUGGCCUCUCUGCUGAAGCUGAGGAAGUUGGACUCCUCUGAACGGAAGGACAAGGCGGAGGCGUCAGCGGUGGCGGCGGAGCCCCAGGAUGAGCUGGUGGAGCUGGAGAGCUGGCCCAGGGAGGAAGACUGCCUGGCAGAAGACACCGAGCGGAUGCUGUCCCCGGGCACCGAGGCCUCAGCUGCGGACGCUGAAAACUGCACCGUGCACGUGAUCGGGCCAGCGAGUAAGAAGCCGGAGCGGCGCAGGCAAAGGCUGCCCCUGCACGCGCUGGGACACGUGAUCAUGAACCAGAGCUACGUCUGUGCCCUCAUCGCCAUGAUGGUGUGGAGCAUCACCUACCACAGCUGGCUGACCUUCGUGCUGCUGCUCUGGGCCUGCCUCAUCUGGAUCGUCCGCAGCCGGCACCACUUCGCCAUGCUCUGCUCCCCCUUCCUCCUGCUCUACGGCCUGGCACUCUGCAGCCUGCAGUACGUCUGGGGCAUGGACCUGGAGCCCGAGCUGCCCACCCGCGUCGGCUUCAUGAGCCUGGAGCAGCUGGGGCUGGUCAGGACCAAAUACCCCUGCUUGGACCUAGGGGCCAAGCUGCUCUACACCCUGACCUUCUGGCUGCUGCUGCGGCAGUUUGUGAAGGAGAAGCUGCUGAAGUGCCGGCGGCCGCCCGCCCCUCUGCUGGAGGUGACCGUCUCCGACGCAGAGCCCGGCCGGCCGCGGAGCGUGCUGAAGUUCCUGGGCGAGCUGCUGACGGAUCUCUACGCCAAGUACUGGAUCUAUGUGUGCGCCGGGAUGUUCAUCGUGGUCAGCUUUGCCGGGCGCCUGGUGGUCUAUAAGAUCGUCUACAUGCUCCUCUUCCUCCUCUGCCUCAUCCUCUUCCAGGUCUACUACAGCCUGUGGAGGAAGCUGCUGAAGGGCUUCUGGUGGCUGGUGGUGGCCUACACCAUGCUGGUGCUCAUCGCCGUCUACACCUUCCAGUUCGAGGACUUCCCCAUGUACUGGCGCAACCUGACCGGCCUCACCGACCAGCAGCUGGGCGACCUGGGCCUGGAGCAGUUCAGCGUCUCCGAGCUCUUCUCCAGCAUCCUCAUCCCGGGCUUCUUCCUGCUGGCCUGCAUCCUGCAGCUGCACUACUUCCACCGCCCCUUCAUGCGCAUCACCGACCUGGAGCACGUGGCCCCCCCGGAGCCCCGGAGCCCGCCCGCCCCCAGGUGCGAGGAGGCGCAGGGGAGCCACCUGCUGCCCCAUGCGGAGGAGGAGGCUGAACCCGGGGACUCCGACUCAGCUUCGGAAGCGGUGCCCGGUAAGUGGGGCCUGGUGCUGGAGCGCCUGGUGGUGCUGGGCUGGACCUUCUCCGACAUCCUCACCCGCGGGCAGGUCUUUGUGCGGCGCCUGCUGGAGCUGCACGUCCUCAAGCUUGUGGCGCUCUACACCGUGUGGGUGGCGCUGCAGGAGGUGUCGGUCAUGAACUUCCUGCUGGUGGCGCUAUGGGCCUUCGCCCUGCCCUACUGCCGCUUCCGCCACAUGGCCUCCUGCCUCUGCACCAUCUGGGUCUGCAUCAUCAUCGUCUGCAAGAUGCUCUACCAGCUGAAGGCCGUCGACCCGCACGAGUACUCCAGCAACUGCACCGAGUCUCAGCUGAAUGACACCAACCUGCUGGGGGCGGAGGUGAAGAACUCCACGCUCUACAGAGGCCCCGUGGACCCUGCCAACUGGUUCGGCAUCCGCAAGGGCUUCCCCAACCUGGGCUACAUCCAGAACCACCUGCUGGUGCUGAUGCUGCUUGUCUUCGAGGCCAUUGUGUACCGGCGCCAGGAGUAUUACCGCAAGCAGUACCAGCUGGCGCCGCCCGCCACCCAGACGCUCUUCGAGGAGGCGUCGCGUGAGCAUCUGGACCAGGGCCUCGUCAGCUGCGCCAAAUACUUCAUCAACUACUUCUACUACAAGUUUGGCCUGGAGGUCUGCUUCCUCAUGACGGUGAACGUGAUCGGGCAGCGCAUGAACUUCAUGGUGAUCCUGCACGGCUGCUGGCUGGUCGUUAUCCUGACCCGCCGCCGCCGUGCCGCCAUCGCCAGGCUCUGGCCCAAGUACUGCCUCUUCCUGGCCCUCUUCCUGCUCUACCAGUACCUGCUGUGCGUGGGCAUCCCCCCCGCCCUCUGCAUAGACUAUCCCUGGAGGUGGAGCCGCUCCAUCCCCAUGAACUCGGCUCUCAUCAAAUGGAUGUAUCUGCCCGACUUCUACAUGGCGCCCAACUCCACCAACCUCAUCAGUGACUUCCUGCUGCUGCUCUGUGCCUCCCAGCAGUGGCAGGUCUUUGAAGCCGAGCGGACGGAGGAGUGGCUGAGGGCGGCCGGGGAGAACACGGACCAGCUGGAGCUGGCCAGGGGCAGACCCAACCCGGUGCCCAACUUCAUCAACUGCAGGUCGUACCUGGACAUGCUGAAGGUGGUGGUGUUCCGUUACCUCUUCUGGUUCGUCCUGGUCGUGGUCUUCAUCACCGGUGCCACCCGCAUCAGCAUCUUCGGCCUGGGCUACCUGCUGGCCUGCUUCUACCUGCUGCUCUUCGGCACGGCCAUGCUGCGCAAGCCGGCCAAGGCCCGGCUGGUGCUCUGGGACUGCCUCAUCCUCUACAACGUCACCGUCAUCAUCUCCAAGAACAUGCUGUCGCUCCUCUCCUGCGUCUUCGUGCAGCAGAUGCAGAGCAACUUCUGCUGGGUGAUCCAGCUCUUCAGCCUGGUCUGCACCGUCAAGGGCUACUAUGACCCCAAGGAGAUGGGCAAGGACCAGGACUGCUCGCUGCCUGUGGAGGAGGCUGGCAUCAUCUGGGACAGCAUCUGCUUCUUCUUCCUCCUCCUCCAGCGCAGAGUCUUCCUCAGUUACUAUUUCCUGCACGUCAUGAUGGAGCUCCAGGCCUCGGCCUUGCAGGCCUCCAGAGGAUUCGCGCUGUACAAGGCCAGAACCCUGAAGAGCAUGAGUUCCCACCGGCACGCCGAGGAGAAGUCGCUGGCCCAACUCAAGCGACAGAUGGAGAGGAUCCGGGCGAAGCAGGAGAAGUACCACCUGGGGCAGCGCCGCAGCGACUCCGCCGAGGCCCCGGACGAGGACCAGCCAGAGCCGAGUGGCGAGAAGGACCCUUCCCGGCAGAGGAAGAAUUGGUGGCGGCCCUGGUUAGACCAUGCCGCAGUGCUGCACUCGGGUGAGUAUUUCCUCUUCGAGUCGGACAGUGAGGAGGAGGAGGCCAGCUUGGAGGAGCAGAAGCCGGCCAAGCAGAGUGCGUUCCAGCUGGCGUAUCAGGCCUGGGUGACCAAUACCAAGUCUGCCCUGAAGGAGCGGCAGCGGCAGGACCGGGAGGACGCUGAGUCGCCAGCAGGGGACGGUGGAGAUGGAGACAUCUGUGAGGCCGAGGCACCUGAAGAGCCUGAGGACCAAGAGGAGGAGGACACAGAGAGAAGCAACAUGGUGCAGCGGGCGCUGAACAUGGUGCGUUUCCUGUGGGUGCUGUGCCAGGCCACGGUGGACGGGCUCACCCAGUGGCUCCACGCCUUCACCAAGGAGCACAGGGACAUGUCCACCGUCCUGUGGGUGGAGAGAUACGUCUUCACCCAGAAGCUGUGCCAGGGAGACGAGGUGCACAGCGGGGUCCUGGACGACCUGUACCAGCCGGCGCCGGGCGACGAGACGGGCCUGCAGGCGGCCGCCACCGUGGACUCUCACAACAGCAUGGCUUCAAGUGGGUGCGAAGGAGGCGACCUUCUCAGCAGUGGGGCUGAGGGCACUGACGACACCAUCUCCCCCCUGACAACCGGCUACCACAGUGAAGAGCAGAUAAUGGCCCUGGGCUCCCAGGAGGACGUGGAGCGGAUCCAGGGGUCUCAGGAGCUCCUGGUGUAUCCCAAGCACCGGACCCGAACGGCCAGCGAGCUGCUCUCCAACAGGCAGAAGUACUUCCAGGAGCUGGAGGAGUCGGAGCAGUUCUACCGGGCCCAGAACCGCUUCCUCAAGCUGCUGCUGGCCCUGUACCACUUCGUGGCUGCCCAUUCCGAGCUGCUCUGCUACUUCAUCAUCAUCCUCAACAACAUGGUGUCCGCUUCCGUCAUCUCCCUCUUCCUGCCCAUCCUGGUCUUCCUGUGGGCCAUGCUCUCCAUCCCGCGGCCCAGCAAGCGCUUCUGGAUGACGGCCAUCGUCUUCACCGAGGUGAUGGUGGUGGUGAAAUACCUCUUCCAGUUCGGGUUCUUCCCCUGGAACAGCUACGCCUCACUGGUGCGGAACGAUGCCAAGCCCUUCUUCCCGCCGCGCAUCCUGGGCCUGGAGAAGACCGACCGCUACCUCAAGUUUGACCUUGUCCAGCUCAUGGCUCUGUUUUUCCACCGCUCUCUCCUGCUGUGUUACGGCCUGUGGGAUCACAAGGAGGAUGCCUUCGCCAAGUGGAAACGCGAGGCCGAGCGGACGGAGGAGGAGAAGCGAGAGGCAGCAGAGCCGACGGAGGACGAGAAGCGCGAGGCCGAACAGGCGGAGGACGAGAAGCGCAAGGCAGCAGAGCCGGCGGAGGAGGAGAAGCACGAGGCCGAACCGGUGGAGGAGGAGAAGCGCGAGGCAGCAGAGCCGGCAGUGGAGCCGCCACCCGUGCUGGACAGGGGGGACGGUGCGGAGCCCCCAGCAGCGAAUGGGGCAGAGGCAGAGGUGGUGGCAGCAGGACUGGAGCUGGAGCCCCAGCUCCAGGAGAAGGGGGCCGGGGAGGGGGAGAAGGGGAGCCAUCUGCGCUUCCGGAAGAAGAAGAAGGAGAAGAGGAGGUGGACCAAGAAGUGGAAGGCAGCAGCAACAGUGGCAGAGGAGGAGGAGGAGGAGAAGGAGAAGGAAGAGAAGAAGCAGAGCCCAGCCCGGGAGAAGCUGAAGGCUGCUGGGCUCAGAGUCAAGCUCUUCCUUUUAGCUGUGGCACAGAACAUGUACCAGCCACUGAGGGGCUUCUUCUGCGCCAUCCUGCACACCAAGUAUCAGGCUGCUACUGAUGUCUACGCCCUCAUGUUCCUGGCAGACGUGGUCGACUUCAUCAUCAUCAUCUUCGGCUUCUGGGCCUUUGGGAAACACUCGGCCGCUGCCGACAUCACCUCCUCGCUGUCGGACGACCAGGUGCCAGAGGCCUUCCUGGUCAUGCUGCUCAUCCAGUUCUCCACCAUGGUCAUCGACCGAGCCCUCUACCUCCGCAAGACCGUGCUGGGCAAGCUCAUCUUCCAGGUCAUCCUGGUCUUCGGCAUCCACCUCUGGAUGUUCUUCAUCCUGCCAGCGGUCACCGAAAGGAUGUUCAGCCUGAACACAGUAGCCCAGCUGUGGUACUUUGUGAAAUGCAUCUAUUUCGCUCUGUCGGCCUAUCAGAUCCGCUGCGGCUACCCGACUCGCAUCCUGGGCAACUUCCUGACCAAGAAAUACAACCAUCUCAACCUCUUCCUCUUCCAAGGGUUUCGCCUGGUGCCCUUCCUGGUGGAGCUGCGGGCCGUGAUGGACUGGGUCUGGACCGACACCACCCUGUCCCUCUCCAACUGGAUGUGCGUGGAGGACAUCUACGCCAACAUCUUCAUCAUCAAGUGCAGCCGGGAGACGGAGAAGAAAUACCCCCAGCCCAAGGGCCAGAAGAAGAAGAAGAUUGUCAAGUACGGCAUGGGUGGCCUUAUCAUCCUCUUCCUCAUCUGCAUCAUCUGGUUCCCGCUGCUCUUCAUGUCGCUGGUGCGCUCCGUGGUGGGCGUGGUCAACCACCCCAUUGACGUCACCGUCACCCUCCAGCUGGGGGGCUACGAGCCGCUCUUCACCAUGAGCGCCCAGCAGCAGUCCAUCCAGCCCUUCACGCCCCAGGACUACGAGGCGCUCACCAACAAGUUUGAAAGGCAGCCGGUGGCCAUGCAGUUCAUCACGCUAUAUGGCUAUGAGGACAUCGUGAGGGCGCAGAUCGAGGGCAGCUCGGGCUCGCUCUGGAGCAUCAGCCCCCCCAGCCGCGAGCAGAUGCGGUGGGAGCUGCUGAACGGCUUGUCGGACAUCACGCUGCGUCUCACCUGGACCUUCCAGAGGGACCUGGGCAAGGGUGGCACCGUGGAGCACACCUUCGACAAGCACACCACCGACUUGCAGCCGGGCACCCCCAUCCGCACCGAGCUCGCCAACCUGCUGCAGGGAACCAGGGACGCCGCCGUGCAAGUCCCCCAUCUCUUCCCCACGUACAUCCGCGCGCCCAACGGCCCAGAGGCCAACCCUGUCAAGCAGCUGCUGCCAGAGGAGGAGGAGAGCUACCUGGGCGUGGAGGUGCAGCUGAAGCGGGAGCGCGUGGGCGCCAACGACAGCUACCUGGAGUGGUGGGUGGUGCAGCUGAGCGAGUGCCAGCAGCAGACCUGCAACAUCCUGCCCAUGGUGAUCUUCAACGACAAGGUCAGCCCACCCAGCCUGGGCUUCCUGGCCGGCUACGGGAUCAUGGGCCUCUAUGUGUCCAUCGUGCUGGUGAUCGGCAAGUUCGUGCGGGGCUUCUUCAGCGAGAUCUCGCACUCCAUCAUGUUCGAGGAGCUGCCGUGUGUGGACCGCAUCCUCAAGCUGUGCCAGGACAUCUUCCUGGUGCGCGAGACGGGCGAGCUGGAGUUGGAGGAGGAGCUCUACGCCAAGCUCAUCUUCCUCUACCGCUCGCCCGAGACCAUGAUCAAGUGGACGCGAGAGAAGGAGUAGCAGGGAGCCACCCGGGACUAUCGCUGCUGCUGCGGGCCCCCUCCGACCCCUGGACCGUCACAACCGAGGCCUU